UAGGACAUCCCUCCUGACGAGUGGCUAAAGAUCAUAAAUAAGUGUGGCAGUAUUUACAUUCUGCAGUCUGAACACACCUGAAGGAGCACCAAAGUUCUGUCCGGGUUCUGAUGGCUGGCAUCGAGCUCAGGCUAGGCUACAGAAUUUCAGCAAGAUCUCCAUCCAUGGGUUUUGGGGCUGAUGUCAAUCUGGAGGCGAGCUUCAGCACCAGCUCGUACGAACCUGAGCACAUUCUUCAGGUCCUGAAUGUCUUCAGGAGAAGUGGCACCUUCACUGAUGUUGUCCUGCAGGUAGAGGAACAAGAGUUUCCCUGCCACCGCGCCGUGCUGUGUGCCUCCAGUCAUUACUUCCGCACCAUGUUUAUGGGCCAGCUGCGUGAGAAUGGUCAGUCCGUGGUGCGGCUGAAUGAGGUCACAUCAGUAGCCCUAGAGCACCUGCUGAACUUCAUUUAUGAGGGCCGGGUUCAGCUCCAGGAAGAGAAUGUGGAGAUUAUUUUUCGAGCUGCUGACCUGCUGGAUGUGCCUGCACUGUCUAGAGCCUGUUUGGACUUCCUGGGGAAGUGCAUGUCUCACUUUAACUGCCUGGGCCUGAUGGAAUUCGCUAAGCACUACUCUCUGCAGCCGCUGCUAGAACAGUGCCAGAAUCUCCUGUAUCAGGACUUUGACAUUGUAGCCAAGCAGGAUGAGUUCCUUGAGCUGCCAGUGGAGAAAGUGGUGGAGCUUUUGGAUUCUGAAAAGCUACAAGUGCAGGAGGAAGUCCUGGUGGAGGCUGCACUGUUAUGGGUGCACCACCAGGCCAGCCAGCGGAAAGCAGCUCUAGGAAAGCUACUGGAGAGGCUUCGACUGCCCUUGCUAGACCCUGUGUUCUUUAUCAACAUGCUGGAGGCUGAUGACCUCAUUCAGGAUUCUCAUGAGUGCAGGAAGCUGUUACAGGAGGCGAGACUUUAUCGCACGUAUGGCAGAGAGAUCAGCUCGAAGAGAACCAAACCAAGAAGGCAGUCUGGCUGGGCCGAGGUGAUUGUGGUUAUCGGAGGUUGUGGCAAAAACAGGAUUUUAAGAUGCUCUGUCACUGAGAAACUGGACCCCACCUCAGGGAAAUGGCUCACAUCAGCCAAUGUGCCAGGAUACAAAUAUGAAUUUGCUGUCUGUGAACUUCACAAUGACAUUUAUUUAUCAGGUGGGCAGCUGAACAGCUCACAAGUGUGGCGCUUCAUGGCUCAACUGAACCAGUGGGUUUCUGUUGGUAGCCUGCUGAAGGGAAGAUGGCGACACAAGAUGGCUUCUCUGUGCGGAAAGCUGUAUGCUGUAGGAGGAUAUGAUGGACAGCAAAGGCUGAGCAGUGUGGAGUGUUUCAGUGUGUUUGAGAAUGUGUGGAAGCCUGUGGCUCCUCUGCUGUUGCCUGUUAGCUCUGCCGCUCUGGCCAGCUGCUCUGGAAAGCUUUAUGUAAUCAGCGGCGCUGUGACUGAAGAAUGCAACACCAACAUGGUACAGUGUUAUGACCCUGUGAAGGAUCAGUGGACAUACAUGAUGCGCUGUCCUUUCUCUCAGAGGUGCUUAAAUGCAGUGUCACUGAACAGCUCCAUCUAUGUAGCUGGAGGUCUUCUGGAUGUGCUGUACUGUUACAGUCCCAAGGUCGACUCCUGGAGCAAAGUUGCUGAGCUUCCUAUGAAACUGGAAAACUGUGGGCUGACUGUUUGUGAUGGGAAGGUGUAUAUCUUGGGUGGCCGUGAUGAAUGUGAAAGUGUGACUAACCGUACAUGGGCAUUUGACCCACUGAGUGGCCAACUGACUGAGGAGAUGCCGUUAACACAGAGCCUGAGCAACCAUGGAUGUGUUACUAUCACACAGCACCUACACCACAAAUAAAGUUGUUUUUUUUUCGUUUGAAGCAGGAAAAAUCCUAAGUGUCAUUAUUUCAUUUAAUUUUCUCCAGGAAAUACUUAACAACAACAAUAGGAACAAUUACAAACUGUGAAAAUAUCAAACUGUGAAACUGUGAAUUUAUGAAGGAGUAUUUCACUGUGCAUUGUAUCUCUCACUGUUAAAAUGCUUUGCUGCUAACUUUGCCUUUUUUAUUUUUUCUAUCUCUUUUCUAUUACCCUCAAGUUAUCAUAUUUUUUGCAUGUGUUAACCUUACAUUUGUCAAAGCAUUAUUUUAAGGAUUGAAGUACACUGACUAUAUUUACUGUAAUUCAAAAUCAA